AUGGGCUUGAAUUAUAAAUUUUCUAGAGUUAUCGGUAUGGAUGAAGUUCAGGCGGAUUUUGCGCUGAAUCUGUUGAAGGCUGCGACCAGAGGCAAUGAAUCGGCAAUUAUCUCGCCGUUUUCAGCUGCUGUCGCUCUAGCGAUGGCUUAUAUCGGAGCGGUAAGCAAAACAAAAGAAGAGAUGUCCGAAGUAUUGGCUAAAGGACAGUAUUUUUGA